AAAACUGUAUAUGAAGAAGUUAAGAAAGACAAAAAAUACAGAUAUAUCAUUUACCAUAUUAAAGAUGAAAAAGUGAUUGAUGUUGAAGUUACUGGGCCACGAGAAGCCACUUACAGUGAAUUCCUUGAGCAAUUGCAGAAAUACAAGAAUGAAUGUCGAUACUGUGUGUUUGACUUUCCAGCUAACAUUCCUGUUGAAAGUGGAGGCCAGGAAAAAUCAUCUAUGUCUGUAGAUAGGCUUGUUCUGAUGACAUGGUGCCCAGAAAGCUCCAAGAUCAAACAAAAAAUGUUGUACUCUAGUAGCUAUGACGCUUUGAAGAAGGCGCUAGUGGGUGUAUAUAAAUAUGUCCAGGCCUGUGACUUUGAAGAAGCCAGUCAAGAAGCAAUUGAGGAUGCUUUCAGGAAAGGCAAAUAAGGAUCACUAAAUCAUGUCUUUACUGUUCCAGAGGAGCGAAACCAUCGCAAUUGCCUCUUGGCAGUGUGAAAGUGAUCCCUACUUCCAUGCUUCUGUUUUCAAAAGAUGUGACUGGGAUGAUCAGUGCAACAUCGUUAUUUCAGUAUAUGGAAAAAAAUUCGGGAAGUGCUUGUAGAGCAUGUUGAUAUAUUAUUUACUGUACUGUAUUUUUCAAGCUGAUAAUUAUUAAUAUUAAUGUGAAACAUUUUGUAGAAAAGUUCCUUUUUUUUUUCUUCUCCGGAAUAGUGUUAUUGGCAGUCAUAGGAAAAUCACAUGGCUCAAAUUUUGAUGUAAGUGCAACUCGUCUGUUUGUCUGAGAUAUGUCCCAUUUGAAAAUUAUGUAUGUAAUUUUAUUAUAACAGAAAUAUUUCUUAAAUUUAGUCACCUGAAUCUAUUGCUGUGCAAACACUUCCGGUGUCUACAUGAAUAAUUUAUGUCAUAUCGUUUCCCUGUGUUUUUCAUAUGACUGUAUUUGUAUGUAAGCACCAAAAAACAAAUAAAAUAUGAUUUUUUUCAGUAA